UCUAAGGUGUUAAGUGUCCAGAGGAGUCUUGAGCAGGGGUUCGCGACCCGGACAGGUCCUGAGGCCAGACUGCUUCAUGGAGCCCCAAGGGGCGCAGCCGCUAACUUUGGAGGCGCAGGGACCCGCGCCCAUUGGAGACCCCCCGCCAGCCGAGGAGCUGCCCGCCAGGAGUGUCCUCUGCAUGGAGGGUGGCAAGGACGGCUGUAGCAUAGCGGAGUCCGCGAGCCCAGACGCCGAGCCCUUGUCCCCAGAGGAAGAGGCUGCCCUCCGGGAACAGGAGGAGCUACUGGAACAUCGCCGCCGCCGCCGCGCGCGUUCCUUCUCGCUGCCCGCCGACCCGAUCUUGCAGGCGGCCAAGUUCCUGCAGCAGCGACAGCAGUUUGCCCUGGGGCUGGGCGCGGAGGGCGGCGAGAGCGCGGAGGACUCGCCGCACAGCCGGCGUGGCUGCUGCGCCAAGUGCAAGAAGCGGGUGCAGUUCGCCGACACCCUGGGGCUGAGCCUAGCCAGCGUGAAGCACUUCAGCGAGGCGGAGGAGCCGCAGGUGCCGCCAGCCGUGCUCUCCCGCCUCCGCAGCUUCCCCUUGAGCGCGGAGGAGCUGCAGCAGCUCCCAGGCCUGAUGGCGGCGGCGGCCGCCGCGCCGCCUUCCGGGCUCCGGCCUGUCUUCGAGCUUCCCGGGCCCAGCGCCGCGGCCGAGCGCCUGCGGCGGCAGCGCGUGUGCCUGGAGCGCGUGCACUGCUCGGCGCCCUGGGGCGCGCAGGUGACGGGCUCUGGCCGGGUGCUGGGCUGCCCCGGGCCCAGGGCCGUGGCGGUGCGCUAUACUUUCACCGAGUGGCGCUCCUUCCUGGACGUGCCCGCCGAGCUGCAGCCUGAGUCAGUGGAGCCCCAGCGGCCUGAGGCGCCGUCGGGGGAACCUGGGCCCACGGGUGCCGAGGAGGAGCCGGGCGCCGAACGUUUCCAGUUCUCGCUGUGCCUGCCCCCGGGUCUGCAGCCCAAGGAGGGAGAGAAAGUGGACGCUCCGGACGUCGCCGUCCACUUCGCGGUCUGCUACCGCUGCGCACAGGGCGAGUACUGGGACAACAACGCGGGGGCCAACUACACGCUGCGCUACGCGCGUCCAGCGGACGCGCUCUGAGCCCUGGGCCCGGCCCUCCGCCCCGCGACCCCCCAGAGAGCUUCGAGGGACCAUGGGACCCGGUGAUUUGCCCGGACGCUUUGCUGAGCGUCGUCCACCUGGAGAGCAGCGUGGAAGGAAAGGAGGGAGCCGCUCAAUCGUAAACUCGCACCCAGAUAGAUCCUACGAGCAACAUGUGAGCCGUGGCAAAGCACCCAACCUCCCCGCCCCUGUUCCGGUUGUUCCUGCCUUCGAAGCCGACCUCUUGAAUUCUCCUGGUGUCAGAAUGGAAAAGAAAUCCUCAAGACUGUGAGCAGUAGUUUUCUCCAAAUAAAAGGCACCUGACUCUUGAGCACGGCUGUAAGACCUUGGGAUAUGUUUUUAACUGUAGACAUCGUGUUGUUAGCCUUUGCAGCUUGCUGGAGACCCCUCCUCGGGAAGGAGGAAGCAUCCCGCCACAUCACACCAAGGGAAGGCACUGGACUGCGGGUGUACGCCGGAGCCUUUUUCGCCCAGGGUCUGUUUCCCAGACACAACCUGGUGGGAGCCGUGGCCUGCUGUCCUUUUCUCUUAACUGGGAUCUGGGAGAUGUUUGCGCAGACUUGACGUUAUAUUCUUGUGCCUUUGUGUACAAAUGUCCUUUAAAAAAGUAAAGGCCACUUGCACACCCUUUUGCGCUGCAAUUUCUAUUUCAGCUCCUGGGGGGUUUGGGAGGUCUUGGCAUACAGGCUCUCUUCUCAGCUGAUGGGGCAGUUUAACAAUAGUUAAACGAUGGUAUUUCCAAAUUUCCUUUCUUCGAUGCCUUCUCUCUGAUGUGGAAAGGCCCAGAUUGCCCAUACUGGCCAAAAAUAAAAAUGUUCUUUAAACUGUUUUGUUGAAGGGUUCCGUGCCCCGCCAAAAUGAGAAACUGGUGAAUUGAAAGGCCAGACUGGUAAUCUGGUAGGAUUUGGCUGUGAGCUCCAGACCCACCUCCUUGGUCCUCGUCAGCCCACUUUGUGUAGGCAGAACACGUUAACAGCUGCUAGAUUCCUCGGGGCUAUUAGCAGUCAGGGAAGCUGGACUCACUGGCUGGACUCCAAGGGCAGGAGAUGGGAGAUGAAAAGGUGGCUUUCUGUCCUCCUUGGAGCCACAGUGGGUAGUGGUGACUUGAUGGAUAAUGAAACAUGCCCCGCACGUCAAUGCUGCUGAAAACUAGAUGGGUACCCUGCAAGCGGCAGGACUGUGGGCACCGUGUCUGGUCACCCUUCACUCACAGCUGAUGGCUGUGGAUGCCAAGAUGAAGUGGCCAUGCAGGAGCGGGCAGGUGGGGAUCCUGGAGGAGGACUGGAUUCCUUCAUACUGUGGUCAUCCCUUGGUAAUUUGCCUUUCGUUAGUCCUCAUAUUUCCUGCAUAUGACUAGUAUAGUCCAUUUGUUUUGUGAUGGUAAUCUUUAAGGAGGAACAGGCGGUUUUACCGUGGUUCUACUGAGCAAGGGUAGGCACAAUAUAGUUCAUGGGCCCAAGUCAGCCUGAAACCUGUUCUUGUAGGGCCUGAGAGCUAAAAAAGGGUUUUACAUUUUUUAAACAGUUGGGAAAAAUCAAAGAAGAAUACUAUUUUGCAACAUAUGAGAAUUGUAUGAAAUUCAAAUUUUAGUAUCCAUAAAUAAAGUUUUAUUGGAACACAGCCAUGGACAUUCAUUUACAUGACUGCUUUUCUGCUACAAGAGCAGAGUUGAGUAGCUGCAACAGAGACCAUAUGGCAAAGUCUAAAAUAUUUACUCUCUGGACCUUUACAGAAAAUUUC